AUGAUCCGCGAUGGCGUGCUCCAGCGCGGCUACAAGUGGACCGCGAUCGCGAAGUCGCUCCCGCACAAGCGCUCGGCCGACGCGGUGCGCAACCGCUGGCAGAGGCUGCAGUCGCGCCGGCGGGGAGGGACGCCGCGAGGUUCGCCCGCGCUGAUGCGCCCCAGGUCGGACGGCGAAGCCGACUCCGAGGGCGGCGCGUCCGCCGAGGGCUCUGGCGGCGGCGCCGACGUCGGCGAGGACUUUACCCCCCCCGAGGUGGAGAAGCACGGCGACAUGUGGACCGAGGAGGAGGACUCGAUCAUCGACAACGCGGUGGCGCAGCGCGGGCCGUGCUGGGCCGCCAUCGCCCAGCUGCUGCCCGGCCGCACUUACUCCGGGUGCCGCAACCGCUGGGUGAGGCUGCAGGAGCGGCGCCUGGCCGCGGCAGGCCUGCACGUCAAGGGCGCGGCGCAGGUCCGCCUCACUCCUUCGCACCUUCCUUCCGCCGCCUCGGCGCACCUUGGCCUCUCCGCAACCCCCGUAGAUUGA